AUGUCAGGGGCAGGGCUAGGCUUGGACACCCUGGAAGCCCUCUACUUUCCCAGCUUGGGUGAUCUGCAAGAUGCGGCCAAGGGUCAGCAGCAUCGACAAGCAACGGUGGCCACAAAAGGCGAGGAGUCAGCAUUGUCUCCUGACCGCAUUCACAGCAGCCACGUCCUCAAGCAGCUGGAGAAGCUUGCAACUGAACUGACCACCACUGCCUCGUAUGCGGACUCAUCUGCUGCACAACAGCAGACCUCGUCUACCGGGGUAUCAUCCUCCACUUCAGCGCGCUCACAUCCCCCACGCCAAUCAGUCCCUCACCCCAACUCUUCAGCAUCUACCACCCUGUCCCCUCCUCCAACCACCGCAGACGAAAUUGAUCGACCUUUGCUGCAGCGCUCUGUGCGCAAGAUUGAUCGCAGGCCUUUGUUGGUAGAGUGGAGACCUGGAGUGCAGGGCGAUCGAUGUCGUCGACUUGCGCAAAGCGCUUUGCGCGCUGAGCCAGUCCAGGCUGCCAUCGAAGAGAUAUGUACGACGGCAAAAGGUGCGAGGGACGAGACUGCGCUCGCUGUCGCCAUUACCAAGCUCCUCAACCACUUUGGUGUUCAGCUACAGCUGCUGCUAGCUGCAUCGCUCUCCACGUCCGAGCGUCCUUCUGCCCCUUCGACAGCUGAGCAGCCUACAUUGGGGCCUGCACGUGCACCUACUCGGACGGAUGCGGCAAGAUUCGCCGACUUGCCCGUUCGCGCUGUUGAGCGAGGCACUCUGUCAGUGACAACCGCCGGUCCAGAAAGCAACAGGCCCGACAUUGUUCUUCAAGCCAAGCCUGGUAAGGUCAUGUGUGCGGAUCUUUGCGACGCACAGAGCACUACAGGCGAUGGCGCAUCGGACGCGCAGGGGCAGGGCGGUCCACAUCCAUGGUUAUUCUACGUAGCCGCCGUGGAGGUCAAAUUCAAGAAGAGUGAUUUGCUCGCUACCCGCACGGUGGGCCAGAUUUUUCGAUAUGGGGUGAGUGCGAUGAUCGAGGAUGGGGAUCAAGAAGGGGCGGUGAAGAAUUGCGACUGACAUACCAUGGCGCGGCUGCACAUCACUCGCCGCUUGCCUCUCAGCGACAACUGCUCGUUGGCCACCCGUUCGCUGAGCGUGUGCACGUGCUUUGUUGGGCGGGACUGAGGUUGCAAGUCUGGCAAUUCAAUGCCAACGCAGUCUUCGUCUCUCCGAUCAUCGAAAUUUCGAGGAGCACAGCGCUUCAGCAGAGCGGCGAUGCAACAGCCCACGACGAUCUUCCUUUUCGAAUCGCUCACGCAAUGUAUCACGCUGAAUUAGCGCUAGCAGUAGAGGGGCCGCGAAGGAGAGCUUUCAACUCAUCAAUGUGACGCCCCCGUGGUUUGUCCCAGACUGACUGCCCUCGACACACCUUGAUGGCGAUCCCGUGCAGUACGAGAUCGUGCAAUAUUCCGCUGACAUCGCGGAAAAGAAGAUUCAGGCACAGCGACUAUCUCGCAAAGUGCAAGUAGUCUGCAGUUGCGCCUCAUACGCCACAACGUCGUUUGCUCAAAUUCGGCGGGGCUGUGCAGGGAUCACCUCACGAGUGUGUGUGAUGGAGCAGCUCGUGCUCUCGGUGCGGGAUGCCUGGUGACCGCAAGCAGACAACGUAUGGUACGGAGAGACAUUGGCCACGAAAGUAUACAAGAGGACUCAUUCAUGCUUGACUUGGAAAGAAGCUUCGCAGACCAGAAACAGACACCGUAACUUCAAACAAUACAAGCAACACAUUCCAAAAGCCCAACAGCCCAAGUGCAACCAAAUCGACAGCGCUAUGGAAAUUCUUCAUCUCGACUUGCACCUUACUCCUGGCCUCGAGCUUCACCCUGGCGGUGAGACCAGAGCCUGGAAUGGUGAUUUUCUACGGUGCGUUGCAAGCGCGGGAUCUGAGUCUAUACGACGACCAGAGCUUACCCUCUUUCCUGGCCCUGGAACUUUCAGCCGUCGACAAGGCCCCCAAUGGCAUGGACCUCGCUGCGAUUCAAGCGGCUUGGAAGAAGCCGUGCACCGAACAGUAUGGUGGUGACUAUUACAACGUCUCCGCGACCAUGAACUUAGCGUGGUGCUACAGUGGCCUGUAAGUCAGCCGCGUUGUUGAGUAUGCAGGCGCCUUCGUUGACGACGGAGGCCUCCCACUUCUACACCACAGCACCGACAAGGGCGCCUUGGUGGCUCAGUGGCUGCAAAAUCAACAAAAAGACCAGUGGACCUUCACCAAGAUCGAUCAGACCGGUUAUGACACCGAUUAG